AUGUGCAGCCUUGGGCUCUGGCUGCUGGGCACACUGUGGCUGCAGGCGGUCGCCCCCAGCACCGCCCUGCCCCAUGUGAAGCAGUAUGAGGUGGUGUGGCCACGGCGCCUGCCAGGACCCCGAGCCCGCCGAGCCCAGCCAUCCCACUUGGGCCUGUACCCAGAGAGUGUGAGCUAUGUUCUUGGGGCCCAAGAGCACAACUUCACCCUGCAUCUGCAGAAGAACAGGGACCUGGUGGGCUCGGGCUACACGGAGACCUACAUGGCCGCCAAUGGCUCCCAGGUGACGGAGCAGUUACAGAGGCAGGAUCACUGCUUCUACCAGGGCCGCGUGGAGGGGCACCGGCACUCCGCAGCCAGCCUCAGCACCUGUGCUGGCCUCAGGGGCUUCUUCCGGGCCGGCUCUGCCAUCCACCUGAUCGAGCCCCUGGGUGGGGGCGGUGAAGAGGGGCAGCACGCGCUGUAUGAAGUGCAGCACCUACAGCAGAAGGCUGGGACCUGCGGGGUCAGCGACAGCAGCCUGGAGAGCAUCUUGGGACCUCGGGUCUCGGCAGCCUUCAGGCCCAGGAACUGGCCGCCAUCCCGAGAGACCCGUUACGUGGAGCUGUUUGUGGUCACGGAUAGCACAGAGUUCCAGAAGCUGGGCAGCAGAACGGCUGUGCGAAAGAGGGUGCUGGAGGUGGUGAACCACGUGGACAAGCUUUAUCAGGAACUCAGUUUCCGCGUGGUCCUGGUGGGCCUGGAGAUCUGGAACGGCGGGGAUAAGAUCCAGGUCAGCCCUCAGGCCGACACCACACUGGAGAACUUCCUGUCCUGGCGCGCGAGGGACCUGGUGGGACGGCAGCUGCACGACAACGCGCAGCUCAUCACGGGGGUCGACUUCGCCGGGACUACCGUGGGACUGGCCAGGGUGUCUGCCAUGUGCUUGCAGUCCUCCUCGGGGGCCGUGAACCAGGACCACAGUGAGAACCCCAUUGGCGUGGCGAGCACCAUGGCCCACGAGAUGGGCCACAACCUGGGCAUGGACCAUGAUGAGAACGUGCAGGGCUGCUACUGCCCCGUGCCGCGGGACGGCGGUGGCUGCGUCAUGGCAGCCAGCAUCGGCCUCAAGUUCCCCAGAAUGUUCAGCCAUUGCAGCCGGGCUGACCUGGAGACGUUCGUGGAAAAGCCCCAGACAGCCUGCGUGGUGAACGCCCCUGACCCCGACCGGCUGGUGGGCGGCCCCGUGUGUGGGAACCGGUUUGUGGAGCGCGGGGAGCAGUGCGACUGCGGGGCCCCUCAGGACUGCCAGAACCGCUGCUGCAACGCCACCACCUGCCAGCUGGCCCAGGGGGCCGAGUGCGCCCAAGGCGCCUGCUGCCACGCGUGCAGGGUGAAGCCGGCCGGCGAGCUGUGUCGCCCCCAGAAGGACGGCUGUGACCUUGAGGAGUACUGCGACGGCCAACAGCCAGCGUGCCCAGAGGACGCCUUCCAGGAGAACGGAACGCCCUGCCCGGGGGGUUACUGCUACGACGGGAACUGUCCCACGCUGGCUCAGAGGUGCCAGGACUUGUGGGGGCCAGGUGAGGCGCACGUGAGCCCUGGCCCUAUGACCCACAGGCCUCCUGGGGUGGUUGUAGGUCCCAGGCCCGUGGACUCACCUGCUCCUGGCCCCGCAGGGUCACGGGCUGCCGAGGAGACGUGCUACGCCUAUAGCAUCUCCCUAGGCUGCAGGGGCAGCGUCCCCCUCAGCUCCAGCAGGGUCAACAGGUGUGGUGUCCUGUACUGUGAGGGUGGGCAGAAGCCCCCUGAGCGGACUUCCUGCACCCUAACCUCCCACUCAUCUGCCUGCCAGGCUCUUGCCCUGGAUGGCAGUGCUGCAUAUGAGCCGGUGCCCGAAGGCACCCAGUGCGGCGAGGAGAAGGUUUGCUGGAAAGGAUUCUGCCAGGACUUCCAUGUCUACAGAUCCAGAAACUGCUCUGCGCAGUGCAGCAACCACGGGGUGUGCAACCACAGGAGCGAGUGCCACUGCCGCCCGGGCUGGGCCCCGCCCCACUGCGCAGAGCUGCUGCCCAACACAGCGUCCGGGAGCCUCCCAAUGGUGCUGGUGCCCGUGCUGCUCCUGGUGGCUCUGGCGCUCACCGUGGCAGGCGUGGUCAUCUACCGCAAGGCCUGGAGGCCUGUCCGACGGAGGUGAGGGCACUGUGGGGUUGCAAAACACCAGGGUGCGCAAGGAGCACUUCCCGUGAUCACACUGUUGGGAAACAGCGUGCUGC